AUGGGAGUGUCUCGCCAAGAAUGCUGGGAUGACCACAUCACCAAUCACCAACUACGUGUGAGGUGGGGUGAUCCCGACACCAUCCGCACGAAGGUGGAGCACCGCCGCCUUGAAUGGCUCGGGCAUGUUGCUCGGAUGGAGGACCACCGGCUGCCGAAGCAAGUUCUCUUUGGCACGCUUCCGUCGCGUCGCCCAGCUCAUGGCCCUCGUCGGCGCUGGAAGGAUUGUAUCAUGUCUGACCUUCGUUCUCGCGGCCUCGAGGGGGAAUGGAGAGCUGAAUGCGAGUCGCGUUCCACCUGGCGCUCGGCGUACUCAGCACCGGUAGAUGCCCAGCAUACCCCUCCCGUCACCUGCUACACCUGCGACCGACAGUUUACACGCCCCAGUGAUCGCGCAUGCCACAAGUGUAAGGCUGAGCGUGCGAAGCCGGUUGCGGAGCAGAACGGUGCAUGCCAGUGUGGAGAGUGUGGCCGUUGGCUGAAGUCCCGUGGAGGUCUGGCCUCCGGCGAUGUGUGUGUGUGUGUGUGUGUGUGUGUGUGUGUGUGUGUGUGUGUGUGUGUGUGUGUGUGUGUGUGUGUGUGUGUGUGUGUGUGUGUGUGUGUGUGUGUGUGUGUGUGUGUGUGUGUGUGUGUGUGUGUGUGUGUGUGUGUGUGUGUGUGUGUGUGUGUGUGUGUGUGUGUGUGUGUGUGUGUGUGUGUGUGUGUGUGUGUGUGUGUGUGUGUGUGUGUGUGUGUGUGUGUGUGUGUGUGUGUGUGUGUGUGUGUGUGUGUGUGUGUGUGUGUGUGUGUGUGUGUGUGUGUGUGUGUGUGUGUGUGUGUGUGUGUGUGUGUGUGUGUGUGUGUGUGUGUGUGUGUGUGUGUGUGUGUGUGUGUGUGUGUGUGUGUGUGUGUGUGUGUGUGUGUGUGUGUGUGUGUGUGUGUGUGUGUGUGUGUGUGUGUGUGUGUGUGUGUGUGUGUGUGUGUGUGUGUGUGUGUGUGUGUGUGUGUGUGUGUGUGUGUGUGUGUGUGUGUGUGUGUGUGUGUGUGUGUGUGUGUGUGUGUGUGUGUGUGUGUGUAA